AUGAAGUCGUGGUCCGGAACCACAUUCGGAGCGAGGCAACGAUUCGCGUUCGCCCUCUUCUGCGGCACAUCCGUGUUGAGUCUCCAAGCUGUUGCCGCCGCCGAUGACUUCGACGGUUCCUCCUACGCCAGGAACGUGUCGCUCGACACCACCGUCGACAUCUUCUGGACUAUCGAUCUCGAGGCCGACACCAUUCGUUUGGCCGUCCACGCCAAAGCUGCCACCGGCUGGGCGGGCGUAGGCAUCUCUGAGAUGGGGGGCAUGGAGGGCGCCGACAUCGUGUACUACGAAACAGCUACGGGGAAUGUGACGGACGCUCACUCGCUUGUGGCAGGCACGCCUGUCGUCGACGAAUGCACGCAAGACUGGACCUUGCUAUCGGCGGACGUCAGCAGCGGGAGCCUUGUGUUCGAGGCGGAGAGAGCUCUGGACACGGGAGACGCGCAAGAUCGUGUCUUCGAGGACGACAGCCUUGGCGCCACGAGACUCCUCGCCGCGUGGGGCGACUCGGAGUUCAUGGGAUAUCACGACGGAAACUUGGCCAAGGGAGAAGUCGUCAUGUUCGGCGGAUCGGAAAACGCUGAUGCCGCCGAACCACUGGUUGUCAACUUCUUCGAUGCUACUUCGAAAAACUUUUCCAUCCCGACGGUGCGCACCUGGUACGAAAAUACUUGCAUCCCGGCUUCGGAGCUACCCAAACUCGACGAGUACCACGCCAUCGGUUUCGAAGGCGUCCUCCAGGACGACACCGCCGAGUUCGUACACCACCUCGUUUUAACGGGCUUUUACGGCCCGCCCGAUUGCGGAAACGCCUGCUUCGAAUGGAUGGACGAAAUGUUUGGGGACGGCGGCUCUUCCUACUCGUCCUCCGACAUGACCAACAUUACCCUCCCGUGGUUCUGCAACGACCUCGAAGACGCCGCCGACAUCUUCAUCUGGGCUCCCGGAAUGCAAAGCUUGGAUCUGCCUGAUGACGUCGGCUUCCUGUUCGGAAACGAGUCGGGGGGGCUCAACUCCUUGAGAGUGCAAGUCCACUACAACAACGCCGACGGGGUUAGCGGCAAGAACGACAGCUCCGGUGUUCGCGUGUACUACACCGAGGAGCUGCGCCCGAUGAACAUGGGGCUGGUGAAGCUGGGAGAUCCGCAAGGCGCGCUACACCCGCAGCCCCUGCCGGACGGCAAGUCCGUUUACUCCUUCGGUUGCCCGGGUACUUGCACCGAGACAUACUUCGAGGAAGAGGAGGUUACAGUCUUCAGCCAUUUGUUGCAUAUGCACGAGAACGGCCAGCGGAUUUCGACCCGGCAGUAUCGUAACGACGGUGAUGGCAACGAGGUGCUGAUCCACACGGCUGAGGUCGAGUACUACUCCUUCCUGCAGGCCGGCGUGCACGUGGUUACCGUCAACGACAGCACCACCAUCAAAAAAGGUGACGUGUUCACAACGGAGUGCUACUACGACACAUCGUAUUCUUCGGUAGGCUCGCCAAAUGUCACCUGGGGCCUGGGAUCGGAAAACGAAAUGUGCAUCGACUUCGUAUUCUACUAUCCGGACCAGAAACUGCCCGACCGCGGUGCAUGCGGGUCUAAUUUAUGCAAUGGCACCUUGUUGGGCUAUUCAGAAUUGGAAGACGUCUCGGACUUCAACCGUACCUUCGGGGUGGUGGACACUUGCACCUCGAGUGACGGCGUCGAGGAGGGGCAAGAACUCACCUCGUCGUCACGUGCCACCCUGCCCAUGUUUGGACUGUUUGCGAUUUCCACGGCCGCGGCGCUAGUGCUUGAGGCCAUUUUGGUGUAG